CACAUGAAAAAUGACGUGAUCGCCGAAAUAUAAGCAGGUGCUUCCCAGAGAAACACCUCAUUCCCGGUUAAAUCGUAGCACGUAGCAGUUGUGGUAGACUUAAUAAUGGCAGGACAAGCUUCAAAUAAUAGGCGCACCAUACGUGAGGUGCAGCAAACCUUUGCCGAAUCCCUAGGAUAUGCCAAUGAAAUUAUUUGGGACCUCUUAUCCGCCAACCAGGCACAUAUUUUGAAGGUCAAAAUCGAGAAUUUAAUACAGGAUCCCGUUGUGCCGGCCGGACUGAAUGCAGGGGAGAGAGAAAAAGCGAAAGCUAAGGUAGAAAAACAAAAAGCUGCCAAUAAAAAUAUGCGCGAKAUUUUUUUCAAUGCCAUUUGGUCGCAGCGAAAAUACAGCAAUCGGCAGUCGCUCACGUCCAUCUUCUAUGUCAUGGUUGCCACCGAUGAAACGGACCACACGAAAGCAGCAAGUGCUACAGAAUGGUCCUGUCAUCCCGUUGUUCGUGUACGACGUUGCAUUUCAAUCAGCGAAGAUAGCACAAAUAGCUCCGAUUGCUGCAUGGUCYUUGUGGACGAUCUGGGUCGGGUGUAUCAGAACUGGAUGGCCUAUGUGGAGGGUAAUGAGUUGCCCAAGGGUAUCAUGGUUGCGCCACGACGAGGUGUCUACAAUCUGAUCAAUAAUGUGGUUCAGUUGGAGACAUGGCUAACGCCCGUCGCAACUACCAGGAGAAAGGUGCUCAAUGCCAUGGAUACGACGACGGCUGUCACUGGCUUGGCAGCAGCUAGUGUGCCAUUGUUGGGCUUACUGGCUGUGCCUAUCGCUGGCCCAGUUAUGGCCGCCGCCGGGUUCGCGGCUCUAGCCUGUGGCGGCUAUGGUCUGGGUCGGUCAGCCUCCCAGCUGGUUGAUCGCGGCACCCACGAACAAUCGAUCAGCAUAACCGAUCGCACGGCCCGCAAUCACUGGCUGGGCGUAGGAGGUGGCACUGUGGCCUUGGGUGCAGCAGGCGCGACGACCUUGCUGACUGCUGCAACCAAUGCGGGCAGGGAAGUGGGAGCCAUCACCCAGCUGACGGUCAACGGCAUGAACAUCUCCAGCAUUAUGAUAUCAGGCACGGGCUUGGCCAACGGCAUAGUCGAUCUAGUCUUGAAAUAUAUGGAUGGCGACGAUAUAUCUGCCAUGGACGCUCUGCAGCUGUCUGCCUCGCUGGUACUGUUCACGCACAGUGUCUACAACUUCAAGCUCGCGUCGACCAUAAUCAAUGAGACGACCAAUAAUAGAAUUGCCACUUAUCGCGAGACGCUGAGCAAUCGACAGAGGCGUAUGUUUGACAAAUUGUCGAAGGAGACGAUUCGCACGCGCGGCGCUUCAACGGGCAAGCUGGACAUCAUUCGCAAUGUGAACGAGAUGCCCUCACGCAAGGAGUUCAAUGAUCUCUACAAGAUCAAUAAGCAGUUGAACCAGAAAGGCAUUCGACCCACCUUCGCUGCAGAUGGCCCGGGAUUGAUAUUGAACAACGAGGUGAAGACCACUGGAGCCGAACUGCGAGCGAACUUGCAGCACAAUAAGGGACCCGAUGUGCUUGGCAAGGUGACUCAGCCAAUUCCAGAGAGCCACAAACUGAAUGGAGUGCGAUCUACGCCGGCCGCAGCUCUCAGAAGUGAUGCCUGGCUAAGCGCACCAACAAAUCCAACGCUCGCCAAUCAAUUGGACCGAACCCACAGCAAUUAUGGCGAAGGCAUUGAUAUAUUGAGACUCAGCARYCUGGUGUGCAAUGGCGUCAUGAUAGCCCUUUCCAGCUAUGGACCCUCGAUAUUCGAACAUAUUGUGAAUGCGGAGAGCUUCGAAACUGCUCUGCUCUCCUUGGCGGACGUUCUGCCAGAGGAUGCAAUGAAAUUCAUACUGAAAAUGACAGAAAUAUUCAUGCGAGAUAUGUGGCAAGAUCUAUAUAAUGUACUGCAUUUCUAUCUGCCCAGCGAAACGGUGCUCUAUCACAUUGGUAAAAGAGUUUUGGACAACUACAGCGGAUAUACGAUUACGCAGCUGCAUGACAAAGUUUCCGAUAUAUUGGCCGGUGUUCGCAAAUACUUUUUGUCACUAAAUCCGAAUAGUUAUGAAUCGCGCCAGAAGUGUGAUGUCUGUCCGGGCUACUAUAGCAUAUGCGAUCUAUAAACUGGGCACAAAGCGAAAGAAACCAAGGCACAAAGAGCUUAACACAAAUUA